AUGGUGUUCUUUGUUUCUGCAGUGAUUACGAAGAUGACACGUAAAAUAGUAGAAAUAAUACAAGAUAUGGGGAACAUAUCUUUCUCGUUUGAAGUGACGCCAGAUAUAAGAGAAGAGGAAUUAGACUAUUUGAAGAUCGAACCGCUAUUUUUUUCUAUAACAUGGCAUGCUCAGACGCACAAAUGUUCGAAUUUAGAAAUAGCGCCUUUAAAGCUAGCCAACAGUUUAAUAAAUAAAGGCAAGAAUGUACUAUUACAUAUCUCUUGUACUAACUUAAGACGAGAUUAUGUAAACAUGUUAUUGACAGCCCUACAAGAUAAAGGAAUAUGUAACCUCUUUAUUAUUUUAGGAGAGAAUUUCGACCCAAGUAAUACAGAUUUUAAAAGUAGUCAAGAACUGAUAAAAUACGUACGUCAGCUUACCGGGAGCUACUUUUGUAUUGGUGUUGCCGGAUUUCCCAAUCGCGACGACAAAUUGUUGCAUUUAAAGGAAAAAAUUGAUAGCGGGGCUGAUUUUAUUCUAACACAAGCCUUUUUCGAUCACAGUAUUUUGAAUAACUUCAUAAAAAAAAGUAAAGAGCUAAAUAUUCACGUACCAGUUAUACCAGGAAUCUUUCCAUUUGAAACUAAAGAAGAAUUGGAAGGUUUUGUAAAAUUGUGUAAAGUUCAUGUGACUAAUGACUUUAUGGAAAUAUUAAAUAUGAAAUCUGGAAUUGAAGUAAUGACAAAAUUUGUUGAUGAUAUGUCAAAGCAACUUCAAAUCAAGCAUUUUCAUUUAUUUACUUUAAACAAAAUUCAAAGAAUUGUAAAUUUUAUUGACAAAAUUAAUUCUUUAAUAGAUUAAAAACAUUGAAGACGGUUAAUGGUAUCGCCAUGGCCGCUGUUGGUUAUUACUAUUAAAUAUUUUUGUAAUUAA